UGUGGUGUGAUCACGUGACCAGUCACCUGACAAGCUAGGGCUGCAUGCUUCCAAUAAAAGGUUUGUUCGUAAGAUUUGUCCACGAACUAAUAUCUCGUCCGUGAUCAGUAUCAACAGUAGUAUCAACAGUAGUAUAUUAACAGUAGUAUCAACAGUAGUUACAAGAGAAUGUCGGGGUACAUUGUAGUCCUCUGCAUCAUAGCAACGGCGUUUGUGGCUGUCUACGGCGACGAGCUCCAGCUUUGUCCACUGAAAUACGAAGACUGCGGAUCAGGGCUUAGCAGAGUACUAGAUGCACACUACAGUGGAACUGAGUGUCCGUCUGAAGGAGAUCCAGCUGAGCUCCCUAAAGGCAGUACUGUCCAGUUGUUUGUGGAUUUUAUACCCAAUGUGUCAACUGUCUCACUCAAAGCAUCAGUUCAAGCCUGUUUUGGCUCACAUUGUAUGCCUUUUCCUGGUGCCCCUACUGAUGCUUGUCAAGGUGCAAACAUUACCUGUCCAGUGAAGAGUGGUGUGCAGUACACAUAUGCACCAGUCUUACCAAUCCAGUAUGUUUAUCCUUCGAUGUCUAUUUUUUUGAAGUGGCAACUACAGGGUAUGUUUCAAAACGACAUUGUGUGCAUAAGGUUCCCUGUUAAAAUCGAAUAA